AAAACACAUUGUUUAUUAAUACACGAAAAUUCUAGAUUAAACAUUAUUCCAUUAUAGGUAACAUAAUUGAGUAACGCCGACCAGCAUACUUAAUGAAAGAUGGCCUUUAGCUUUCCCGCAUUCAGCUAUAUUGUAGCGCUGAUUAUCGAUGCGUUUCUCAUAUUCUUCUCCAUAUUUCACGUGAUUUCCUUUGACGAGCUGAAGACAGACUACAAAAACCCCAUCGACCAGUGCAACUCCCUCAAUCCGCUCGUGCUACCGGAGUACGCGUUACAUGUUCUGUUUAAUCUGCUUUUCCUGUUCUCGGGCGAAUUUCUUUCCUUUGCCCUCAAUCUUCCAUUGAUCGCGUAUCACAUAUACAGAUACGCAAACCGACCCGUCAUGUCGGGACAUGGCCUGUACGAUCCGACAAGCAUUAUGAACACGGAAGUCCUUCGCAGCUGCCAGCGGGAAGGAUGGAUUAAAUUAGCGGUGUACCUCAUAUCGUUCUUCUACUACCUCUACGGUAUGAUUAUGGCCCUCAUCACCGCGUAGGCGAGACGCGCCAUUGGAUGUGCAUUUCUUCGGCUGAGCUUUACGGAAAACAUUUUUUUUUAAAGAAGGGAACAACAUUAUAUUUUGAUAUUGUCGAAAGUCUGCAGAUGCAACCAUCGCUGCUUGACGAACGAAUUUUCAUAGAUGCCAUUACUGCAGACGCAUCCCUGCUUGGAGUAUGCAUUCGAAUCGGCGUACGGUUCAUACUCAAUAUCGACAUACCAUACCAAGGUCCCACUCAUCCUGGUCAAAAACGAUGAUGCCGGGGAAUACUUAUUUAUUCCGUUCAUACCCAUAUUGCCAGUAGAAACAGCUUUAUCACGAAUGCCUAUGUUUGGCAUUUUGAUGUGCGUCAUUGUGAGUGAAACGAUAAUCAAGAAGAUAGAACCACAUGUAGACAACUAUUGAAAUCAUACUAAGU